CGGAAGACCCCCGCGGACAUCAUUUCGAAACGCCUUCUACUGACAGGAGGGUGGCCCUCAGACGUCGCGCUGCCAGUCUGGAAGCGACAAGAGUCCGAAAUAAUUGCGUCACUACAGAGGAGUAGCGUUUAUAAGAGAGUUGUUGCUCGAAGCCUGGUGCUACGUCGCUAUGCUGGCUGCAGUGUUCCACCUGCUGGUGUUCGUGCACCACGCCUACGUCACUUUCCAUCUGCUCAUGCAGAUCGACUUCGCAAAAUCCGAUGAUGAGUACGUGCAGAAUGUCCUGAAGAGAUUCAAGUGGCGCUACUUCACCUGUUGGAACUUCGCAGUCCAAAUAGUGUACUUCUUCAUCUGCAUGACUGAAGACUUCCUGCGACUAACGAAGAGGACUGAGUCCGUACAAGACUGGGUCCGCCAAGUCAAGGAUUUCAUCUUCACGUCACUCCUUUUCCCAGGUACAUUGUUUGUUUCGUCCAUGUUCUGGGGUCUCUACAUGAUCGACCGCGAGUUGGUGUUUCCGAGUGCCCUGGACGCCAUCAUGCCAUCAUGGACGAACCACUCAACGCACACCGUCAUCAGCGUGGCCCUUGUGGUGGAGAUGCGCAUAACACGUCAUCGCUACUCCAAGCGAAGUCUCGGGUUGGCAGCCCUGGCGCUCUACCUCACGGUAUAUGACAGCCUGUGCCUAAAUGCUUUCCUGUCCGAUGGCACAUGGAUCUACCCCGUCUACCGCGUGCUGGACAACUGGGCACUUAGGAUGCUCUUCUUCAUCUUCUGCACGGGCUCCAUUUUCAGUUUCUACGUGCUAGGAGAACUCCUGAACUCGAAGCUCGUCGCAUUCAAGUUAGAAAGAAUAAACGAAAAGCUACAAACACAAAAAGUUCGUUAGGGCUCCAUGUCUACAUGGAUGACAUCCCAGGAUCAUGAAAUAUGACAUCCUCCCUGUGCCUUUGUGACAAUAUGCCUGUUACAAAUGUUAUAUGUCUUAUUAAAUAAUGUAUUAUCUGUGCUGGAGUGUGUAUCACAGAUGUAUGUACUGUGUAUCACAGAUGUGUUCAAAUAUGUUUUAACUUUUAUUUUGGUCUAAUUAAAUGCAUACACUAUU